AUGAUCCCUCUGCUUGUCAUCCUGUUGAGAAUGAGUUCCAAGAUGCACUGGUCGACAAGAUCGGGCUUAGCGCUCUUCAUUGCGUUAUCUCUUUCCUGCCUUUUGAUUUUUCCUCCUCGGGUAGCUGCUUUUUCUGUCCUCAAAUUAAAUUCCAACGGUCUAAAACAGUCGCUACCGGUAACGACGAGUCGAGUAAGGGUCGCAGCGGAUGUAACCCAGGAAUCAUCGAGCAGCAGCGAAGAUUCAUCGUUAUGGGAGAAUGAUGCCCGACUUGUCGACGAAACAUUUUCGGAGUUGUACGGCGAUGUGCUCCCUCCGUGGUUGUUGAACCGAUUAAACGACUGUGGCUGGACUCGGCCCACUCUGAUUCAAAAGGAAGCACUGGACACCAUUCUCCGUGAUAAAGAAGAUGCCGUCAUUCAGGCGCAAACAGGAAGUGGAAAGACUCUGAGUUUUCUGCUACCCAUUCUGGCCAAUGUGGAUCCAUCCAGGGCCGCUGUACAAGCCCUCAUUGUCGUACCCUCGCGAGAAUUGGGAUUGCAAGUGGGGAGAGUCGCCAAACGGUUGGCUGCCAAGACUUCCUCUGAUGACAAUAAUAAUAGCCACAAUGAUGAAACAAUGGAAACUUCAGAUAAUGACGAAGGCGCUCUCAUUCAAACCACAACCACCAGUCAGAAUAGUGAUAAAAUCAUGAUCAUGACUGUGCUCCAAGGAAGCCAAAAUAGAAGACAAAGAGCCUGGGCUUGGGCUGAACCACCACAAGUUGUCAUUGGAACACCCGAAGAACUAUGCAACAUGGUACGCUUUGGAGGCAUCAAACGCUACAACAGUGUCAAAUACUUGAUCGUCGAUGAGGUAGAUGCAUGUUUGCUCAAUAAUGCUGGAACCUUGUCAUCCAAAUUGUCGUCGUCGUCUCUGCACGAACUACUAUCCAAACAUCUCAGUCCAACCUAUGAUGAUGGCGACACCAGUGGCGACGCGGCAACGAUGGAUGGCCAAGAAGCUGGAGUCCUACCCACACGAAAAAAGACAACUCCAAGACCCCUUUCCAACACGCGACAAACCAUUUUCUGCUCCGCCACUAUUCCACAACACCGUCACUUUAUGAAACAAUGUGUUCAAAAUCAGUGGAUCCUAUCCAAAAAUCCAAAACAUGUUUGUCUGAGACAAGGAGAACAAUUGAUGCCACCCACUUUGGAUCAUGCGUACAUGGUGUGUGCAUCCAGCGAGAAAAAAUUGGCCGCACUCCGGAGAAUUUUGAAAAAGAUACAGGCACAGGGCACCAGCAAAAAAGUGCUCAUUUUUACCGAACCACAACGACCAAUGGAAGAAAUGGCACAAGUGGUGGCCAAGGAUUUGGAGGGACUACUUUGGAAAGAAGUGCAUGGACCAAGCGAAGAAGCUGAAGCAUCCGCUGUUGUGAGUGUGCUGAGGUACGAAGACAGCCUUUCCCAGCGAGCUGCUGCCAUUCAAGGAUUUACAGGAGGAGCCAACAAGCCCAUCAAUAGCCACCAAUGGAAGGGUUACAGUAGUAGUAGCGAUGGUCAAAGAGGAGAAGAUUUCCAGGAAAGCAAUGGCAAGAUGCGUGUCCUGUUUUCAUCCGAUCUGGCAGCCCGAGGGUUGGACAUUGAAGACAUUACCCACGUCAUUCAGUUGGAUCUAGCUCCGGAUGCCGACAGCUAUGUUCACAGGUCCGGCCGAACAGGACGGUUUGGUGCUUCAGGGCAAGUUGUCUCCAUCAUCACACCCGAACAGGAAUUUGUGCUCAACAGACUAGCCAACAAGCUGCAGUUGGAAAUGGACUGUAUAGCAAGACAAAAGAAGAAAUAA